UCUCUCAGUGUUGUUGUUGUGGUUCUGGAGGCUUCCAUCAGUACACGAGGUGGAGCUCCUGACUGCCUGCCACACUGCUCCUGCUCGCCCACCGCCGCACACCUCCUCUCACCAUCACCACCAUCACCUCAGCCUCCUUCACCCUCCGUCAUGGCCGACAACGCUGCCCAGACAUCUUAAGAUGGCUUCUCUCUAGUUGAUAUGCCUUAUGUACACAACUUUUGUAUCCAUUAGAUGUACACUUCUAUGACUUGGUGUCAUCAUGAAGCAGUGUUAAGUAAUGGGUAUUAUGGCAUUACUGUGGCCGUCUCAGCUUCGUCGUCAGCAAUAAAGUUUACAAUGCAUGGGUAGCAAAGUUAAAGGAGCGUGGGAAUUCCUGCAUGGAAGCAGGAAAUCUGAGUGAAGCAGUUUUGCAUUAUACAGAUGCAAUUAAACUUGACCCCGAGAAUCACGUCCUUUAUAGCAACAGAUCUGCUGCUUAUGCUAAAUUGAAGAAGUACAAAGAAGCACUUGAUGAUGCUGACAAAGUUUUGCUUUACAAACCUGACUGGCCGAAGGGCUAUUCACGAAAGGCAGCUGCACUGGUCUAUUUAAAUAAAUUAACUGAAGCUUUAAGUACUUAUCAAAAAGGUCUUCAGUUAGAUCCAAAUAAUCAGCAGCUUAAAGAUGGACUGGCAGACUGCAGAGAAAAAUUGCUGCUACAAGGUGGAGGCAGGAUGCUGAACCCAUUCUCUGACCCAAGUUGCUUGCAGCGCAUCAAAGACGAUCCUCGUACUAAAGAAUUCAUGAAGGAUCCAGAAUUCGCUAAAACAAUGGCAGAGCUUAUAAUAAAUCCUCAGGUUCUUGGUACAAAGUUAAAUGACAAAAGAAUAUUGACAACAUUAAGUGUACUAAUGGGAAUGGAUGCUAGCGAUGACGACGACGAGCUGGAUCCUACUCCACCUCGCAAGAAAACGCCCACACCUCCACCUAAGCAGGAGAAAAUGGAUGUAGACAAGACUCCUGAACAGUUAAAAGCUCUUAAGGAGAAAGAAGCAGGAAAUGCUGCGUACAAAAAGAAAGAUUUCCAAACUGCUCUGCAGCAUUAUGAGAAAGCUGUUGAGCUUGACCCUUCUGAUAUGACAUUCCUUAACAACAAAGCUGCCGUGUAUUACGAGAUGCAGGAUUACCAGCAGUGUAUUGCCAUCUGUGAGAAGGCUGUUGAAGUUGGGAGAGAAAAUAGAGCAGACUUCAAACUUAUAGCAAAGGCUUUUACUAGGACUGGUAAUGCUUAUAAGGCACUUAAGGAUUAUGGCAAGGCUAAGAAUUUCUAUGAAAAGUCUCUAUCGGAGCAUCGCACACCUGAAACUAAAGAGUUACUGAGUAAGCUUGAAAAGGUGAUAAAAGAACAGGAACGACUGGCUUACAUUGAUCCUGCAAAGUCUGAGGAGGAGAAGGAGAAAGGCAACGAGUUCUUCAGGAAGGGUGACUACCCUUCAGCAAUCAAACAUUACUCUGAAGCCAUCCGCCGCAAUCCCGAAGAUGCCAAAAUAUACAGCAACCGAGCUGCUUGCUACACUAAACUGGCAGAGUUUAACCUGGGGCUUAAGGACUGUGAUGAGUGCAUCAGACUGGAGCCAGACUUUGUUAAAGGUCAUAUUCGCAAGGGCAAAAUCCAUCAAGGUUUAAAACAGUAUGCCAAGGCGCAGGAUGCUUAUCAAAGAGCUCUUGAUAUUGAUUCAAACUGUCAAGAUGCUCUGGACGGUUUCCGUGAAUGUAUGAUGGCAGUUAACAGUGACCCAGAGGAAGUGCGAAAAAGAGCCAUGUCGGACCCAGAAGUGCAGCAAAUCCUUAAGGACCCAGCUAUGCGCAUGAUCCUGGAGCAGAUGCAGACUGACCCCCGAGCUUUACAGGACCAUCUGAAGAAUCCUGAUAUUGCUUCCAAGAUCCAAAAGCUGCUGCAGUCUGGCCUCAUUUCUAUCAGGUAGAGGCAUUAGUGGAGCUGGAGUAGAAGUCUGCCACCGGAGCGCAGCACUGCUGGCAUUCAACCUUGUUCUCUAUCUAGAAGGAAAGUUUGUCAUGCUGUACCUCAGUGAUUUAUGUUACGUUGUUACUGUUAAUGCAAAUAGCAAUUUCCAUUAAUUCUGUGGAUCUUAAUCUCGUGCUUCUUCCUAUUUUUUCAUACAUAUUUUGUGGCAAUAUAAGCUACAGUACUUAUGUUUUUCUGCCUGAAAAUGUUUAUGGAAAUACUGAACCUGAAUGUGAAAUUGACAAGAUGUAAUACUACAGUAUUUGUCUUUUGUAGGGAAAUGUUUAGAUGCUCUUCAGAUGCAUUACAAAAAGAUAUUUGUAACAUUGAUUUUAUUAUAUUCGUAACACAAAAGGGACAUUCUUAUAAAAAUCACUUGUAUUAGUUGUUGGAUUGAGUUUUGUCAAAAUUUAAAAUGAGAUCUAGGCUCACGGUCGGUAAGAGAUCCUGUCGAGGAUCUUUUACUGGAAGGUCAGGAGACCAUUUGGUGUUUAGGUUGGCCUUUUAAGGCAAUGCUCCAAUUUACUUAGUAAAUAUUUUUAACUAAUGAUGUGUCUUGAAUUACACACACACACUAUUUCAGAAAUUCAUUUCAGUUUUAGGAAUAAGGAAGAUAUGUAAAUUGUACAUGUUGGUGGGCCCAGAUUUGUCAUAAAUGGCUAAUAUUUGCAUUAAAGCUAUUAUUAGAAUGUUGGUUACUGUGCUGUUCCAGCUGUGUGCCACACUUCUCACUAUUACCUGUACUCGUGGCAUAAAAAAAAAGAAUGCUUAAUUUUAGUUUUCACAGUUUGAUUUUUAUAAUUCAUUUCCUGGAGAAGAAAAAAUCUAACAAAAGUU